AUGGGUGCAUUAUUGGUGCGCAAUAGGUACGGUCGUUUGCCGUCGGUGGUAUUGCUGUGGUUAUGUCUUAUGGCAAGAGAUUCGGCCUGCCAGUGUCCGGAUGCGGCUGGCUAUGGUGAGAGUGACCCGGCAAAUGUGCGAUUACUGCAGGAAAACAGCUUCAAACAAGCGCCCUUGUUGAAGAAGUACGAUUUCGUCAUUGUGGGUGCUAGCCCUUCGGGGUGCCUGCUAGCCAAUCGGUUGAGUGAGAUACGCGAUUGGAAUGUGUUACUGAUCGAGGCGGGUGAGCAGGAAAAUCUCUUCGUCCAGGUGCCUAUCUUUUCGGCGUACCUACAGUCAACCAGAUAUAACUGGGGAUACCUCGCCGAACCGCAGAACUAUUCCUGUUGGGGGAUGAAGGAUCAACGGUGUAGCUAUCCACGCGGCAAGGGCCUCGGUGGUUCGACGCUGAUCAACUACAUGAUGUACGUGCGGGGCAACAGGUACGACUACGACCAAUGGGCAGCGGCGGGCAAUGAAGGGUGGUCCUUUGACGAGAUUCUGCCGUACUUUAUGAAGUCGGAAAAGUCUUACCUGCGCGAGGUGAACAAAUAUCACGGCACGGACGGCAAUCUGGAUGUACGAUACCUUCCUUAUCGUACCCGGCUGGCAAAACUGUUCGUCAAUGCGUGGCGUGAACUGGGUCUGAACAGUGUGGAUUACAAUGGUGAGUCGCAGAUCGGUGUGUCGUACAUCCAGUCGAACGUGCGAAAUGGUCGCCGACUGACGGCGUACACCGCUUUUCUCGAGCCGAUACUCGAUCGUCCCAAUUUGCACAUACUUACCAAUGCGCGUGCGACGCGAGUACUGAUCGAUCCGACGACCCGGCAAGCCUACGGGGUGGAGUUUAUUAAGGACCGCAAUCGCUACACGGUGUACGCCGAGAAGGAAAUUCUACUGACUGCAGGAGCGCUGCAGACACCGCAGCUGCUGAUGCUAUCCGGGGUCGGGCCGAAGGAACACCUGCAGGAGAUAGGCAUUCCCGUGAUAAAGGACCUACCGGUCGGGCAGACGCUGUACGACCACAUCUACUUUACGGGACUCGCGUUCGUGACCAACACGACGAACCUUUCACUGCACGGCGACAACGUGAUUACGCUGGAUGCCUUUCUGUCGUUUCUGCAAGGCCAAGGACCGAUGACGGUGACUGGUGGCGUGGAAGCGGUGGCCUUCAUUCGCAACACCACCAAUCCCGAAAGCGCGGCCACACCGGCCACGCUGCCCAAUAUUGAGUACAUUCUGACCGGUGGUUCGCAGGCGGCCGAUCAUGGCAGCGGCAUCCGCAGCGGGUUCCGGUUGACGGACAGCAUUUACAGCAUCUAUAAACCGUUGGAAGCGAACGAGCGGGACGCGGUGACGAUGAAUAUCGUGUUACUGCACCCAAAGUCUAAAGGCUACCUGCGCCUGAAAAGCUGCAACCCGCUGCACUGGCCACGAUUUUUUUCCAACAUGCUGAAGGAACCGGAGGACGUGGAAACGAUACUGCAGGGUAUCCGGUCGGCGAUGCCGCUGAUGAGCACACGGGCCGCCCGGCGGUACGAUGCGAAGUUGUACGAUGUUCCUCUGCCGAACUGUGCCAGCUUUCGGUUCGGUUCGGACGAUUACUGGCGCUGUGCCAUCCGUACGCAGACGACCUCCAUUCACCAUCAGAUAGCGACGUGCAAGAUGGGCCCGGCGAGUGAUCCGACCGCGGUUGUGUCCCCUCACCUGAAGGUGUACGGUGUCGAUCGGCUACGGGUGGCCGACGUUGGGGUCAUUCCGUACCCGACCAGCGGGCACCCGACCGCCACGGCGUACAUGAUUGGCGAAAAGCUAUCGGAUUUGAUCAAAACCGAGUGGUUGGGACAGAACAUUCCCACGGCAAGUGGUGGCUAA